AUGGACCGGGUUGGUGUUGCAUCAGAAGGAUGUUUUCACAUCGCAUGUGCUUCCGAAAUUGAACGAGACGGAUCGGUUUUUCUUUGCAGGGGCGAGUGGAGGAAGUUGGGAGGUGCUUGCGUACGCAAAGGUUCGAAAUUGAGUUGGAAUAUUUAUGAAUGUACAUCCAUUUCGACUUUGGAGUUUGCGUGGAACAACAUGGAAUGGGGAGAGAGAUUUCCAUGUGGAAAUGUGAAGGACCAAGCCUGGUUUUGCGCUCAAGUUGCUGGAACGAACAAACUCGAGUUGCUCAAGUGGGCGAGAGAAGUGAAACAGUGCAAGUGGGAUGAAUGGACGAUUACUGCGGCAACAGAUCAAGGUAAUCUGGAAAUGUUGAAGUAUUGCAUCUCUAACCAUUGCCCGUGUGAUGUGAGAACACACAGGCAUGUGAUACUACAGGCAUCAAGCAGUGGUCGCGUGGACAUCGUGAAAUAUCUCGUUGAAAAAAGAAUGAUAUCCUCCUAUGAGGAUAAGCUCAACUGCGUGGUAAGUGCUGCAAGGCAUGGCCAACUCGGUUGCCUCAAAUACUUAUUGGAGAAGGCGAGAGCGCCUCUCGACCAUUUUGUCUAUAUCGCUUACGCUCGUUACUACGAGCAAACGGAGUGCGUAAACUACUUACGAGAAAAAGGGUGCUCGGAACCAACGGACGAACAAUACGCUACAAUUGUCGAGGACAUAGAAGCGCAUCCAGACUCUUAG